AUGUCAAUGUCCCAGAUGCAGAGCAUGUUCUUCUACGACGGCGAGCUAAUCCCCGAGCCGGAGUACGACCCGCGACAAGUCAACAACUGGGUCAAUGUCUUCGUCGAACGUAAGGAUGAGGACUUAACCGACGAGGCACUGAUGCGUCUGGUGGGCAUUCGAAUCAGAACCGGAGACAACACCAUCUCUGUUUACCCUUCGCAUCACACUCGUGCUCUGUGCAUGUCUAUCAAGGUGCCCGGAGAGUACCAUUCCAACAAAGCUUCCAUCUUUGCUGCUGCUGAGCUGCAGGCCGAUUACUAUCGUCAGGAGAUUCAGGCGGGGCGGGUGCGCAUUAAUCGAGACUUGCUCUUCCGUCUCCAGGACUGA